AUGAUUCGAAUACCGCCUUGGACUGGAGGGACUGACGAGGAGUAUUCAACCCAACACUUUGGGUUCGGUCCGCAACGUUUGAAAAUUUCAGUACGACAAAUGGUGGAAGAAAAGAUUAGAAACUGUGUUACUAAAGGCAUAUCCGAUCUACAAACAUCAUUGGGAUUAAAUGAAACCGAUAGAGCGUCACUGGCUCAUUCCCGUGAUAAGCUUAUACGGUUAUAUUGUGAGAGAGCUGGCCCUUCUCUGGACGUUGUUGACACUGAAAUUGAUAGAACGUUACUAAUACCACCAAAUACACUAUUACCAGAAGACGAAGAACAAAUAGAGCAAGUAUCUGAGGAUGAGUAUAACGCACUAAAAGAGGAAGUAAGUAAUCUUAGGAAGAGUAUAGUUAGAGGAGCUUUGAUGGAAGUCAGACUGACCGCAGAAGACAAGGAGUUGUCCUCUGUUGAAAAAGUGUGGGAACUAACAAAAAAAGAUAUGGAAGUGACGGAUUUAAUAAAGAGAAAUUUAAACAACCAAGAAAAAGUUAAAGCUAUUAAAAAUAAAGUUAAUUUUCUAAAUGCUAGAACGCCAUUUGUCCAAAGUCAAGACAAAAUAUGCUCCAAGGAGUAA